CAAAAGUAAAUAACAUCAAAUCGCCAAACCACCAAACCGCCAAAUCCUAGAAAGCAUUUCAAGGGUGGACUUCCGGUCAUUUUGAACAUUGAAUGCCUAUUACCAAAAAGUUCAAGGGUAGAGAUCCCAAAUAGUCUAGCAUCCACCUCACAUCUCCAGCCAGAAGAAGAUUUCGGUCGUUUGAUCAGGUGCAACACGCGACAACUUGAUCGAGGAUGGCGCCUCUCACACCACAAGGCGUGCUAGCUAAGUUACGGUCACUCACUGCUAGCCAGGAAAUCACCAUCCUGAAGCUCAGCGAACCUAUCUCGGCCGCAGUCACACAACUACAAGAUGCCCAUCAGCGAACUUCAGACGUCUCUACCUCGUCACUUGACGCUACUACACCCUCUUCUCUCGAGGGCGACUUGACACACUACCGGGAGCUGUUUGCCAAACUCCGUUUCAGUUAUGUAGAGCAAGUCAGCAAGGAGAAAUUCAUUCGUGCCAUCGUAGGCGAUCCACCUCUUAUCGUCAGUUCCCAAGAGAAUGUGGACCUCGAGAAGGAGAACCUAGAAGCAAAAGCCACACUUAAGGCAUUGAAGACAGAGGUCGCAGAGAUGGUCGCCGAGCUCGAGGAGAAAGCCAAAGAUCUGAGUAGAAGGUACGAGAAAGUGCAAGUCGAGACCAUCAAACUGGAAGAGCUUCCCGGCAAGAUUGGAGAGCUUGGAAAUGCAGUUGCAAAAUUGCAGAAGAACCAAGCAGCAGGGUCGAAUCCAAAUCCGGAAUUAAAUUUACCCUUGGCCAGGACUUUGGACUUGGUCGAGUCAAAGAAGAAGAGAAAGUCCGAGUUGGAUAGACAACUAGAGCAACUCCAGGGUCAAGUCCCGAGGAAAAAGAAGGAGUUGGAUCGGCUACACGCCGAGCUACAUCCCCUCGAGACGAAGAGACAGAACAGCGCGGCUGCCGCAAAAGAGGCCAGGAGGCGAAAAGAGGCGGCGCUCGGUGGUGUCGAGGAUGAUCUUGAGGAAAGAGGCCGCUGGUUCAGGGCAGCCGAGGCCGGUUUAAAGGGAGUAUUGGAGAUUCGGGGCUAAAUGUCUUCAUCAUUCGAGAGCAGGUGUUAGGCGUUUCUGGGCGUGCUGUCUAGCUGAUGAACUCAUAUUCUCCGUGGCCGGGAUAAUCUAUGGAGGGAAGCUCGCCUCUAGGAAGUAAGACAUCUCGAGCAACGACUCUAAAGGCAAGAAGCGAAAGAGAGAAAAAAUCAGUCACGAAUAGUGAAACCCUUCCGAAUAUCCUAGGCAGAACCUUCUACUGCAAUGUUUUCACUACACCGAGUUCGGCUAAGACAUGAUUAAUGUUUCCGUAA